AAUGUGUGGCCCUAGCUACAAAUGGUGACUGAUUGCUAUAGGUGGCUCUGGUUUCAAUUUGUGACUCUGAUUGCUAUAGGUGACCACCCAUUGUAAUCAGUGUAUGCCUCUUGAUGCAUAUUCUUGAUGAAUUUGACAGGGUCAAUUCUCAACGUUGGAAAAUGACCCAUGGGGUCUAUUUUCAACGGGGUCAGUAUUUAUGUUACACCCGCCGUGGUUGUAUACGGUAACUAAAAUGCUGUUGAAAAACAGUGUUAAACAUACUACUCGUGCACGGUAUUUGUAACGAUAACAUGUUUAUGUUAUUAUUGAGAAAAGGGGAAUCAGGUUACAAUAUAGUUGUACUACUUUUGAAUCGUAUUAUAUUGACUAUAAAGAAAACCGUGAUUUACCAUAAAGUAAACACUGAAUUACCAAUAAACUACAUCUAAGGUUAAAAAGUAAGAGGGGAAGACCACUGCAUUGGAGAUAAUUAUGUACUAAAGCAAAAGAGGAAGUAAAUAGACAUAACGAUACAAAAUGGCGACUAGUUUAGACAGGCUUUCUGAUGAAACAUUUGAUUUGCUCUGUUCGCCGUGUAAACGUAAGCAUAUUAACAAAGAAGCUGACAAAUACAGCGUUGACUGUUCGGACUAUUACUGUUCAAUAUGUGUGAAGUUUCAUGAGGAUAUUCCCGCUCUAUCUGGACAUAAGAUUCUGGACAAGGGACAGUUUCAACAUGGGACCAGCCAAGCAUUGCCAAUGGUACCAACCGAGCGAUGUGACAGACACAAUUAUAAACCUGUGGAUAUGUACUGUAAAAACCACGAUGAUGUCAGCUGCUCUACAUGUAUGGCUGUUGAACACAGGUUAUGUAAAGAUAUCUUCUAUAUCCCCGAAUUCAUCCAGAACAAGGCCAACAUACCUGAUCCUAAAGAUGUUUUGAAAGCACUAGAAGCAACAGAGGAUAAAGUUACCCAGCAUCUUUGCAAGUUCUAACGUGAAAAAGAACGACUUUCGAACAACAGGACAGAGGUAUUUGAGAAAAUUGAAAAGAUUGCAGAAGAAAUGAAGCAGCGAGUUGAUAAACUUAAACAGGACUCUAUGAAGAAGUCAGCAGAUAUGUUUCAACCCGUGGAAAUUAUGACUGAUCAGAAUAUUUCUGUGUUACAGUCUAUGAAAUCCAGCAUCUCGUCUGCUAAAGAAAAGGUUUCAUCAUCUGGUAACAACAUAUCGCAAGUGUUUGUCAACACAAAGAAGGCUCAAAACGAAGCUUCUAAAGUCAGGAAACGUGCUGAUGAAUGUAACAUAUCUUACCAAACUGUUGAUAUAGAGUUUGAGAAGGAUCAGACAUUAUCGAAACUGCUAAAUGAGAUGACUGCCCUUGGCAAGGUUACACAACGUGAUGUUAGAAAAGUUCAACCAACAUCUGAUAGUAAGAAAUUACAAAAGGACAGCAAAACUCUUUUUCAGAUUAAAGAUAAAAAGAAAUAUAGCGUCAAGGUCUCAUCAGACAGUAACGCCAUGUUACAUUAACAGUGCCUGUGCUCUUGAAGAUGGAACACUAGUACUUGCUGAUCGUGAUAACCGGAAACUAAAACGUGUAGAAAGUAGCAACUACACAGUUACUGAUUCCUGUUAUCUAUCUGCUUACCCAUGGCAAGUAUGUGCUGUAAAUAACCAGGAAGUUGCUGUCAGUUGUGGGAGAGCUGGAGUUAAGUUUGUUUCCCUUCAACCCAAAAUGACAGUUACCAGACAGAUAAACCCUGGUCAUACAUGUAGAGGAUUAGCAUAUGUUGACGGACAUCUGUAUAUUACAGACGUGGAUUCAGUUUAUGAAUAUACUACAACAGGAACAAUGCUUCGCCAGUUCACUAAGAACCAGUCGGGAAAACCGAUUUUUUGCAAUAUAUACAGUUUAGCAGUUAGUGGUGACGGUGGUAAGAUUUAUGUUGCUGAUAGAAAGAAUGGUCUUGUUUCUAUUGACAGAACGGGCAAGGUACUCGGGGUAUUCAAUAGUCUGAAAGUAAGAAGCCCUGAAGAUAUUUUGGUAACAGACAACGGAAGUGUACUUGUUUGUGGAUAUGACUCUAAAAAUAUCGUACAAUUUGGAUCCGACUGCGAGAUGAUCGGAGAGGUAGAUCUACUAAAAUCAAAUAGUAACGAGAAAGGAUGUACAUCUAUCUGCUAUAGUUCAUUCAGUUCAAAAGUAAUCGUAGGUCGUUAUAGCACAAAUGAGAUUGAAGUGUAUGAGCUCAUUUAAAUGACACUGUGUAGACAAUUCAUAUUGUACAUGUUUCUACAAAACAUUUUCUUAGUAAUUACGGAAGCCUUUAGGGUCAUAUUGUCCUGUUGUUACUUCAACCUCUUUUUUAUUUUCUUCAUGCCUUAAUGGUAAUAAUACUGCACUCAGCACGAAAUAAAAACAGACUUAUUUUGCCUUCA